UGGAUGGGUGAGAUUGUGUGGCCUGCAAUGUGCAGGAGAUCAGACUAUAUGAUCAUGAUGGUUCCUUCUGACCUUAAAGUCUAUGAGUAAACAAUAUUUUCCCUAUUUGACAUUAGGUUCCAUAUUUUUAAAUUGUCCUACAGUAAUGGCUUUAAUAUGUAAUUAUCCACUGAUUAUAGGUUUUUAGUAUCUUGUUAAUCUUGGUACUUACUUACUGGAAGCAAUAUCAAAAUCUUGAAUUGAUUAAAAAAAGAGAUUAGAGUGAUUUUUUUUAUAGUUGACAAAUUAACAAAUUACAAUAACUAUGUAUGUUUAGACACCCUAGUAGGAUAUUUGUGAAUGGCUACAAUACAGAAAUUCAGAACAGCCAAGAAACAAGACACUUGUGGGUGGGCUACCUUAUUUCCCAGAGAGAUAAAAACACAUCAGCAAUCACUAGUUAUGGUGAAGAGAAUAAUGGCUGUUGCAGUAUCAGCUAUUACUUACUUACGUGGAAUUUUCCCUGAAGAUGCAUACAGCACCCAUUAUUUAGAAGAUCUGUGUGUUAAAGUUUUGCGAGAAGACAGCAUCUAUCCAAGAGUAUCCAAAAUUGUUAAAUGGAUGAAAGGAUGCUUUGAGGCAUUAGAAAAAAAAUACUUGCAAAUGAUGAUUCUUGGAGUACAGAAGGACGCAGCUAACCCAAAUGACAUGAUAGAAUCUUAUCAAUUUAAAUUGAGAUAUACAUCAAAGGGACCACAGAUGGAUGUAUUCAGCAAUAAGAAAACUAAUGUAACAAAUGAUGCAACAGAAGACAUAAAGAGGACCUGUCUUCUUCUAAUUCAUAACCUCUAUUUUCUGAUGGAAAAUAUUGUUUCUCUUCCUUAUGAUGUCUCUCUCACUAUGAAGCUAUUUUAUUAUGCAGAUGGUGUGUGUUUGUUUUUAAUAGUGACCCCUCCAGAAUACCAGCCUCCUGGCUUUAAAGAGGGAGAGUCAGAGUUUAUCUUAUUCGAAGGCAUACCUGUGCUUGUGAAGGUGGGAGAAAUAGAAACAUCUUUCCAUACGUUAAAGCUGAAGAUUAUUAAAAAGGAGGAGAGGAUAGAUUCAAUGAAUAUACAUGGUAUCCUGAAAGAAUGUAGAGAAGAUGCAGAGAGAGAAAAGGAACAGAGGCUGGAUCCUUUAGGAGAAUACAUUAAUACAGAAUAUGAACCACCAGGAUCUGAAGAGGAAUUUGUUGAUAAAUACCACAAGGUCAAUGAUGAAGCUACAAGAAAAAGGAAGAUAUCAAAGAAAAAGAAGAAUAAAUAAGGAAUUUAUGCAUGUGCAAGUACUUUGAAUUCAGUUAAGCCCACAAGAAGUAUUUUGGUUGCUUGAAAUAUACUGAAGAGAUUUUUAUUUUCAAACUGAAGAAGGAAUUUAGUUCAAGCAGCGGUUUUUAAAUCUUUUCAGUCUCCAAUUCUAACAUAGACUGUUUUUAAAGGGAAAAAGUAACUUAUUUUAUGAACAUUUAUAAAUAAAAGGUGUUAUGAAAAAAUAAAUUUUUCUACAAAAUACAACUGAACAGCUAGGCUUGGUGUUUUUCAUUACUGAAUUUUAAGUGCUUCCAUUAAAUUUGACA